CUGCCGGGCCGUGCACGAGCCGCCUAACGAGACGAUGCGGGGGGCAAAACCGCCGCGGCUGACCUGGCAGUCACGCAACCAUUAGUUCAGCUCCGCCGUGUCUUUACACCCGCAGCAUCGCCUCAUGCAACGCUGUGCUCCAUCAGGCUGGAGCUUCCGUCUCUAUUACGAACGCAAAAUAACACACCCGAGGCUAUUCGUAGGGCGUUGCUGAUGAUGGCGCGCUUUUUGUCGGUUCCCACAGACGUCAAAUAUGUCCUUAUCAGACUACCAGCGAAUUAAGGAUAGGCAACAAACUUGGCUUGUCAUGCCAAGGUCACCGCCAAGAUAUGCAGAGCAGGGUCAGUCCCACCAGUCCAACUGCAUCAAGAAGGAGAUACACGCGGAGAAGACAGACGCACCACCAUGGCUCGCUGAACCGGGCGAUUGGCGCUGCGGUCAAGACGCUCUAGAAUGGAUCUCUUCCCGAUAUUGGUUGAUUCUGGUUUUACGCGUUCCACACCAUCCCUUCACUGCAAACCUCUCUGCUUGGCCGUCUUGGGUUACUUCGCCCGCCGCGACAAGCCUCCCGGGUAGCUCGUUAUCAGCACCGUUCCUUGGGACCACUAUCUCGCCCUCCCCGCAGCCUCGGUCGUAUAACAACCGGUCAACCCUGCUGCUCAGGCGCGCUCAAGGCUUUCUCGCUGCCUCACUCGCCUGUUUUUGAAGGACUUGUCGUCGAUAUAGUUCCUUUUUCCCCAACCCCAGGGUUUGAAUUGCUUCACCUUCUUGGGUUCGCGCUCGCGCCCCCGCAAUC